AUGGAUCUUAUCCUGGAAGUCGUCGACAGCUUUGUCUUCGACAAAGUUUAUGCAAACAUCUUCCCCAACACAAUUCAGCUACCACCUUUCCUUCAAACCCUUCUGCAAGUCAAGUCCGUGGCGCCGGCCGUUGUGGACAACUCCAUUAUCGACACAGUCUGGGCCAAUGCUUCGUCAUCAGCUCUGCUACAAACACACACUCUGGCAACACUUUUUCAGGAAUCAUCUCCGGAAAUCUACGGCAAAGCACCUUUCCUCAUGGAAGCCUCACAAUACGUGUCCCAGUCUCUCUUUUUGCGUGACAAUGUGUUCCGCCAGAUCCUUUCUAUGACCACUAUCAUAUCCGUCUUUGGCUUUAUCCUUUACUUUUUUACUGCCUUGCUCGCCUAUGUUACUGUCUUUGAUAAAGAAACCUUUAACCACCCCAAAUACCUCAAGAACCAAAUAUACAUGGAGGUUUACCAAGCUGUCUCUGCUAUCCCUGUCAUGUCCUUCCUUACUGCUCUUUUCUUUGCCCUCGAACUUCAUGGAUACUCAAAACUUUAUUUCCGAACUUCGGACUACCCGUUUUGGUACCUGAUUUUACAAUUCCCUCUUUUUAUCUUCUUUACAGAUUUUGGUGUCUAUAUUGCCCAUAGAGGUCUUCACCACCCACUUUUUUAUAAGCGCUUCCACAAGCCUCACCACAAAUGGAUCGUUUCCACUCCAUUUGCUUCCCAUGCUUUCCACCCCAUUGAUGGCUUUGUUCAAUCCGUGCCUUACCACCUUUUCCCUUUCAUCUUCCCCCUUCACAAGAUCUCAUAUCUUUUGCUUUUCGUGUUUGUCAAUAUGUGGACCGUCAUGAUUCAUGACGGUUACUUUAUCAUGAACAAUAUAUUUGUAAAUGGUACUGCUUGCCAUACCAUCCACCAUCUCUAUUUCAACUACAAUUAUGGUCAGUACACAACUCUAUGGGACCGUGUUGGCAACUCAUACAGACGGCCUGACGAAGAGCUUUUCAAUGACGGUCUUAAGAAUGACCGGAACACUUGGAAGAAGCAGUCCAAGAAGAUGGAAGAAAUUGUCAAGGAGGUCGAAGGAGGUGACAACAGAGUCUAUCUCCAUGCUGAUGAUGAUAAAAAGGCCAAAUAA